ACCAUCGUGUUUACGGAAAUUGAAGGGCUUAUCAAUGGACGAAUGAACCUUCCCUCUUUGAGUUAAAAUUUAGUUUGAGGGCAUUUUUGAGCCAAUAUAUUAGUAUCGGUUUGUAGGUAGAAACCAUCGCCAUCAUGUGGGACCAGGAGAUCCGCGUCAUGGGGUCGUGCCACGCCAUCCUCGCCGCCUCGAUCCUCCUGGCCACGGGGCUGCCGGCGGUGCUGGUUCCCGGGUUCUCCGUGUACGGGACUCACCUGGUCUGGAUCUACUCCGUGUCCGCAACGGUCACAGGGGUCAGCGCCGCCGUCUUCUGGCUGUUCGGGAUCACACCUCCAGCCAAGAAGCACACGGUCGGAUACAAGCUUUCCCGGCUGUUUCGUUCAUGUCUCUACUUCUUCUUGUCGUGCCUCUUCUUCCACACUGUGCUGGUUCUGUAUGGAGCGCCCCUGAUUGACUCUGCAUUGGAAACUUUCUCCCUCGCUGUGUUGCUAACAUCUCUGACCACUCUGAGAUGCCUCUGUGUUCUGGGUCCAAACAUCCAGGCCUGGAUUAGAGUCUUCAGUCGACAUGGGGCAAUGUCUGUAUGGGACACCUGUCUGCAGAUCACUGUGACCUGUUCAUUGGUGGGCGCCUGGUUAGGAGCGUUUCCGAUUCCUCUGGACUGGGACAGGCCUUGGCAGGUUUGGCCUGUGUCCUGCAGCUUUGGUGCCACCUUUGGGUUUCUGACAGGACUGUUCGCUGCUCCGACCUGGAUCCACUACCAUCGCAAACAGCUCACGUACAAAUGCAAGUGAAGCAGAGUCACUUUUUCUACAUUCUGUUUGUUUUUGCUAAUAUUUAUUGGGACUCUGAUGCUUCUAAUGGAAAGGGGACUGUUGUGUUUAGUCUUGGAAUCACAUAGGAACAAAUAUGAUGUUAAACUGGUGGAAUAUAUUCUGAGAACUUUAAUAAAAUGCUUUCGUA